AUGGAUCAAGAUGCACCAUUUGGCGGCAAAGUAAUUGUUUUUGGUGGGGAUUUCAGACAAGUUUUACCAGUAGUAACCUGCGCAACAAGAUCACAAACUAUUAGAGAAAGUUUAGUAAGCUCAUAUUUGUGGAGAAAAAUAGAAAAGUUGAAGCUAUCAAAGAAUAUGAGAGCAAGGACAGAUUCAACAUUUAGCGACUUUCUUCUUAGAGUUGGGAAUGGAGAUGAACCGACGGUGGCUGAUGACCUAAUAGCAUUGCUCACAUCUAUUUUGAUCAAGAAUCAAAGUGAUAAUUUACCAGAAGAUUGCCUCAUAAAAUCAAUUUUUCCAUCUUUAUAUGAGAACUUCCAAUCCAUUGACUAUAUGAAAGAUCGAGCAAUCCUGACAACAAAAAAUGAAUAUGUCGACAUGCUAAAUGAUAGAAUCAUAAAACAAUUUCCAGGUGAAGGAAAAGAAUUCUACAGCUUUGAUGAAGCAGUUGAUGACACAAAUCAUCACUACCAGCAAGAGUUCCUAAACACGUUGCUACCAAAUGAACUACCACCCCACAAGCUGGUAUUAAAGAAACAUUGUCCUAUUAUUUUAUUAAGGAAUCUGGAUCCAACUAAUGGGCUAUGCAACAGAACACGAAUGGUAUGUCAAGAUUUUAAUAGUAAUAUAAUUUAUGCUAAGAUCAUAAUGGGACAACAUGCUGGGAAAGAAGUUUUCUUACCAAGAAUACCGUUAUCUCCAGCAGAAGAUGAGGGGUUCCUAUUCAAGUUCAAACGAAAGCAAUUUUCGAUACAGCUAUAUUUUGCAAUGGCAAUCAAUAAAUCAUAA